GGGGAGGUUGAUUUGAUACGUCGUUGGCAACACUGGAAGCGAAUUGCGAUUUGUGCAACCCUCGUAAAAAAACCCAAUUCCUCGUGUUUGAAGGAAUUAUUCACAUUGCUUAGAUUUUUCUUGUAAAAAAUGGCUUCAAUUAGUUUACUGAACCCAAAAGCUGAAUUUGCUAGGGCUGCUCAAGCUUUAGCGGUCAACAUAUCUGCAGCAAAAGGUAUUCAAGAUGUCAUGAAAACUAACCUCGGUCCUAAAGGAACUAUGAAAAUGUUGGUGUCUGGUGCAGGUGAUAUUAAAAUCACCAAAGAUGGCAAUGUGUUGCUCCAUGAGAUGCAGAUCCAACAUCCGACUGCCUCAUUGAUCGCCCGUGCCUCCACUGCACAAGACGAUGCCACUGGAGAUGGAACCACCUCCACUGUCCUCCUGAUUGGAGAGCUCCUAAAGCAGGCUGACAUUUACAUUAGCGAAGGUCUUCACCCAAGAAUCAUCACUGAGGGUUAUGAUGUAGCCCGAGCAAAGGCAUUGGAGAUUUUGGAGUCUUUAAAGAUACCCAUUGAAAUUAAACGAGAGAGUCUGCUCGACGUAGCGCGCACGUCUCUAAAGACCAAGGUGCACCCGAGCCUGGCCGACGUGCUGACAGCCGCGUGCGUGGAUGCCGUGUUGGCCAUCCGCACGCCAGACAAGCCUGUAGACCUUCACAUGGUGGAACUCAUGGAAAUGCAGCACAAAACUGCCACUGAAACCACUCUUAUCAGAGGUAUUGUAAUGGACCACGGCGCGCGCCACCCCGACAUGCCGAAGCGCGUGGAGAACGCCUACAUCUUGACCUGCAACGUGUCUCUGGAGUACGAGAAGACAGAAGUAAACUCCGGAUUUUUCUACAAGUCUGCGGAGGAUCGCGAAAAGCUGAUUGCGGCCGAGCGCGAGUUCAUUGACCAGAGAGUCAAGAAGAUUAUUGAACUGAAGAAGAAACUCUGUGAUGGAACUGACAAAACAUUUGUUGUCAUCAACCAAAAGGGUAUUGACCCUCUAUCUUUAGACGCUUUCGCCAAGGAGGGUAUAAUUGCGCUGCGCAGAGCCAAGAGGCGUAACAUGGAGCGCCUGGCGCUUGCUUGCGGCGGCUCCGCUAUGAAUUCUGUCGAUGAGCUGACUGAGGAGAACCUUGGAUAUGCUGGUUUGGUCUACGAACACAUCCUCGGUGAAGAUAAAUAUACAUUUGUUGAAAAAUGCAAAAAUCCCCAGUCUGUGACUAUUCUCAUCAAGGGUCCUAACAAGCAUACACUGACACAGAUCAAAGACGCCAUCCGUGACGGCUUGCGAGCCAUCAACAACGCAAUUGAAGACAAAGCCGUGAUUCCGGGCGCGGGCGCCUUCGAAAUCAAGGCAAACAUGGAGCUGCAGAAAUUCAAGGACACAGUCAAAGGCAAGGCUCGUCUGGGCAUUCAAGCUUAUGCCGAAGCCCUACUCGUCAUUCCAAAGACCCUCUCUGUAAACUCUGGUUAUGAUGCUCAGGAUACAAUAGUUAAACUUCAAGAAGAGGCGCGGCUAAGCCCGGAUCCUAUCGGUUUGGACUUGAGCACCGGCGAGGCUAUCAAGCCAGUGGACAUCGGUAUCGUUGAUAAUUAUGUGGUCAAGAAGCAAAUCAUCAACUCUUGUUCGGUGAUCGCUAGCAACCUUCUCCUUGUUGACGAGAUAAUGAGAGCAGGAAUGAGCAGUUUGAAAGGAUAACUGAAUAUUUGUGAGACCUUACAAAAAGUGCUUUAUCUAGCAAUAAUGCUUUAUUAAUAUGAAAAUGCAUUUCCCUUACUUAUUAUUCUUGUAUUGAAAACGGUAUUGGGCAUUGACAUGCCACUAACAUGAUGUUUAAUUCUAGUAAUGCUAUGUAAUAAAAUUAAAUAUACCAAA